CCGGGGGCACAGAGAGCCCUUGGCAGUGCGGUUUUAUGGGCCCCCUUUAAGGCUGGCGGAGGCAUCUUCGCGCCAGCGUGAGGCGUCCCGUCGGAUGCAGAGUGUCGCCUCCGCGCGGAUCCCUCCGCGCGGUUAUCUCGCGUCCAUCUCGCUCCCUCUCCCGGCAGUGGCGUGGUGCGAAAAUGCCUCGCCGGGGCGCACCGGGGCGGCAGCCUCGGCAGCGGCGGCGAGAGCGGUGGGAGGGGGCUGCGGGGGGGGCGAGGUGAGAGGUGGCGGCGGGCAGAGGGUGUUUUUUUUCCUUUUCCCUCCAGAGCGGGGGUUUGUAAACCGAAGCCAAAGAGUGUCUCCGUGGGCCGGGCGCACUUUUUUUGUUGUUGUCCCGGUGCGCUCAGGGCCGCCUGGUGCCUGAGAGGAAAGAGUGGAGGCAGCGGGGCAGGUCACCCGGGGUGUUGGCGAGUUUAUUGCGGCCAAGCCGGCGCGCGCCGGGAGAGGCCGGGCGGGCAGUGGAACGCGGGGGCUGGGUGAGGCCCUGCGACCCGCGAGGGAGGCGGCGCGAGGUCGAGGCGGCGGGCGCGAGAGAGGAGCAUGAGCGCCCAGUAGCGGAGUGCCCGCGGUUGCGGGGUCUCAGAAGCGGCGGGCGGGUGGGUGGCAGCAGCAACGUAGCCCGGCGGCCCCAGUGGCGCGAGCAGCCGCCCCAGAGGCCCCCGCGGCAGUGCGGUCGCGCUGAGGCGCGCUCCCUGCCUGCUCCGCGCCGCCCGCCCGCCCGCCCGGGGCCGCCCUACCUUGGCCCCCGGCCGCUGGCCGCCGCCGCCGCCGCCUCGAUGAGUUCGUACUUCGUGAACCCGCUGUACUCCAAGUACAAGGCGGCGGCCGCGGCGGCGGCCGCGGCAGGCGAGGCCAUCAAUCCCACUUACUACGACUGUCACUUCGCGCCCGAGGUCGGCGGCCGCCACGCCGCUGCCGCCGCCUUGCAGCUCUAUGGCAACAGCGCCGCCGGCUUCCCGCACGCGCACCCGCACCCGCACCCGUCGCCGCCGCCCGCCGGGCCGGGCUGCAGUAGUGGGGGCGGCCCGGGCCCCGGCCAGGACUACUUCCACCCCGGCGGGGGCAGCCCAGCCGCAGCCUACCAGGCCGCCCCACCUCCUCCGCCGCCGCCUCCCCCCUGCGGUGGGAUUGCCUGUCACGGGGAGCCCGCGAAGUUUUACGGAUACGAUAACUUACAGAGACAGCCGAUUUUUACGACCCAGCAAGAGGCCGAGCUGGUACAAUAUCCUGACUGUAAAUCGUCCAGUGGUAAUAUUGGCGAGGACCCAGACCACUUAAAUCAGAGCUCGUCUCCUUCUCAAAUGUUUCCCUGGAUGAGACCACAAGCUCCUGGUAGACGAAGGGGAAGACAAACCUACAGUCGUUUCCAAACCUUAGAGCUGGAAAAGGAAUUCCUUUUUAACCCUUAUCUGACCAGGAAGAGAAGAAUCGAGGUUUCCCACGCCUUAGCCCUCACCGAGAGACAGGUAAAAAUCUGGUUCCAGAACAGGAGAAUGAAAUGGAAAAAGGAGAACAACAAGGACAAAUUCCCGGUUUCCAGACAGGAGGCGAAGGAUGGGGAAACAAAAAAGGAAGCCCAAGAGCUGGAGGAAGACCGAGCCGAAGGCCCGACAAAUUAACUUCUACCUUUAAAAUUUUACCGCAGACUAUUAAAACUAAUGAUCAGCAUAUGCUGGUGGACACCACCUGUUUUCUUUUUUGGAAAGGACUUUACCUGUGUUUCAAGCUACCUUCAUGUCACUGCUCUUGAGGUUUCUGCGCUUUGAGAGGGAUUUGGGUGUUUUAAAAAAAAUGUUUCUAGUGUCGCAUAGAAACAGCCCUUGAGCUGUCCUAUGUAAGAGUAAUUUGAUACUGACCUUGUAGCUAUAUUUUUAUAAUGGUAGUUUUUAAUGUCUGAGCUGGUGAUUUUGCCUCGACAACGUAAACUUCCUAAUGAUUAGCACUAAAUAAUUGAAUAUAAAAUGAUUUAUUAAUCAAACAAGUGCACUUGAACGUUUUAAAUCUUUUCUUUAUGGUGAGUAAAUUAAAAGAAGUUUAUUAAUUUUAAAAGAAAUUAUGCCCGCAGAAUAUUUACUUUAUAUUAUGUGAUUAAAAUGUGUUAUUUAUAUUUUUUCUGCUUUUAUAAUGAAUGGUUCGGGUGCCUUUUGUUUACUCCUAAAAGGUUUCUUUGAGAAUUUUGUAAAUGUAAUAUCUCUGGGAAAAAGUCUGGGCCAAAUAUUGAGAAAAGCACAUGUUAGCUGAGGAGUGUAAUGUAUAGUCCUGGCUCUGCAGCUUCCUUAAACUUGGGGAAAAUGUUCGGCUAGUGACAGAAGUUUCAGGACAAUGUCAAAGUUGACAUUUAAUAAUUUUUCUAUAGUUUAUACAGAUUAUGGCAGUUUAAUCAUCUAGAGUGAAUGAAUACUUGAAAAGUCAAUUAUAACAUUUUCACUUAGAUAUUUUUAGUCUGGCAAGUCACCUUGUGGAACGCCUCUCCUUUCUGAAUUUGCUUUCGUUUUCAACUGUGCUUGGAAUCGCCUGAAAUUGCUAGGUCUUUGUGCUGUGGCCGCCGCUGUGAUUCCGGUUUUUGUGUGUGUGUUUUUUCCUGAGGAGGUGCCAUAUUUAUUUGUAUUCUCUUCUCUCUGUUUGCACGCCCAUUGUGAGCCAACUUGUUGUGUGUAUAUCAGAUGUCGGUUGGUACGUCCUCUGCUGUUCUCCAGGUUGGCCUCACCUAUUUGAAACAAGCCUUGAGAGCAAAUGCAGAAAAAUCCGAGUGUAAACAACCGCUGCAGAAUAUAGCUAGCUCCUUAAUAAAAGAAAUGAAUCCUU